GCAAGAAAAACAAGACAACUAUUCUUUUUGGUCGACGAAAUGGGUCAAGAUACUGAGGACUGAAAUCACUCUCUCGCUCUCCGAAACCCUAAAUCACCGUCCGGCAAAAUCCAACCUCUCCACCGUCUACGGCGGAGCUCGACGACUGUCCCCUCCUGCUCCUCCUUCAAUUUCCCGGCGACUAUGUUCGAACCCUAGACGAAUAUUCCGGCGAAUCUUCCUCCAUAUCCGGCGACACAGUACUUGGUCUCACAGAUUGAUACUCGGAACAACAAUGGCCUCUCAAUCGGAUCUGGACCGGCAGAUCGAGCACUUGAUGGAGUGCAAGCCACUGCCGGAGGCGGAGGUGAAGAAGCUCUGUGAUCAAGCUCGAGCGAUCCUGGCGGAGGAAUGGAACGUUCAGCCGGUGAAGUGUCCGGUAACUGUGUGCGGCGAUAUUCAUGGCCAGUUCCAUGAUCUUCUCGAGCUCUUUCGCAUUGGUGGCAGUUCUCCGGACACCAAUUACCUUUUCAUGGGAGAUUAUGUAGAUCGAGGAUACUACUCCGUGGAGACCGUUACACUUCUAGUGGCCUUGAAAGUUCGUUAUAGAGAUAGAAUUACAAUUCUUAGAGGCAAUCAUGAAAGUAGGCAGAUAACUCAAGUGUAUGGUUUUUAUGAUGAAUGCUUGAGAAAAUAUGGAAAUGCAAAUGUGUGGAAAUAUUUCACUGACCUUUUUGAUUAUCUUCCACUGACUGCCCUUAUUGAGAGUCAGAUUUUCUGCUUGCAUGGUGGUCUUUCCCCAUCUUUAGAUACAUUAGAUAAUAUUCGUGCCCUGGAUCGUAUACAGGAGGUUCCUCAUGAAGGGCCAAUGUGCGAUCUCUUGUGGUCCGAUCCAGACGAUCGGUGCGGUUGGGGAAUUUCUCCUCGGGGAGCUGGAUACACCUUUGGACAGGAUAUAGCUGCCCAAUUCAACCACACUAAUGGGCUCACUCUUAUUUCUAGAGCUCACCAGCUUGUGAUGGAAGGUUACAAUUGGUGUCAGGACAAUAAUGUUGUUACAGUGUUUAGUGCACCAAAUUACUGCUAUCGUUGUGGAAAUAUGGCUGCAAUACUUGAGAUUGGGGAGAAUAUGGAUCAUAGUUUCCUACAAUUUGACCCAGCACCCCGUCAGACCGAACCUGACACCACACGCAGAACUCCCGACUAUUUUUUAUAAUCUCCAGAGCAUACCAACCAGCGGCAGCAUUUCUUAUUUCCUGUUGUGUUUUUGUAGUGUAGAUUUUUUUUUUGGUUGGUAAAAAAAAAAAAAAAAA